CCCUCUUGUGACCAUCAUAAUACAUGCUUCAAAUCACACUGAAUUAAAUUAAUAAAUCAAAGCUAGUAAAUGUUGUGUCAAUUGCCAGAAUUGAAUCUUUCUUGGUGCUGGAGCUGUGGUUACAUGUUUACUGGUUGACGCAGAUUGUACAUAAUGAACUUGUGAAACUGAUGGGAGGAGAGGAUUCUGAACUGGUUUUUGCAAAAUCUGGCCCUACUGUAAUAUUAUUGGCUGGUCUACAAGGUGUUGGAAAGACGACUGUUAGUGCUAAGUUAGCUUUGUAUCUGAAGAAACAGGGGAAGAAUUGCAUGCUGAUUGCUGGAGAUGUGUACAGACCGGCUGCAAUUGACCAGCUUGUUAUUUUGGGUGAACAGCUUUAAUCAGUUGACGAACAAGAGGCUAAUCUCUCUUUCACUUCAAGAUGAAGAAUAACAGAAUGAGUAAUCUUACUCAAAAGGAUCAUGUCAGCACUUGUUCAACUUUGGAACUUAGCUACUUUCAUUCUCCACUCCCGAGCAUAUAUUUUUAAGCAGUACAAGACUUUUUUCUGCAAUGUUUUUCCUGCUGUCAAGAUGAAUGCUUUGGUACCCCAAGUCCAUGGCUUGUGGCUGCACAGCAAUAUACAACUCUCCAACUGAAGAAAAAAUGGUGACCCAUCUUAUUCAUGGAAGUGAAUGAUGAAAUUGAAGUGCCAAGAUUAAUUGUCCCUUUGUUUCUUGUUCAUGAACAGUUGAUUUGUUUUAAGAUGAGAUGUAAAAUAUGUCUUGAGCAUGGCACACUCUUUUCGUUCAGUGUCGCGGAACCAAGCACACCUGAUUCUUUAGCUUUCUUGCAUAUUUGUAUAGUUUUACUCCUUCAUGUUUAUUGUAAGUGCUGUAAGAGCAUCUCCAACGCUCUCGCUAAUUGCUUCCUCUACACCAUUUUAGUGAGCAAAUUCCAAAUCCC